AUGUCGGAGGGUAUAAAAAGCAAAAUCGUUUUGAUUACGGGAGGUGGUGGUGGCGUUGGAAGACUCAUUGCCCUAAACUAUGCCAAAUUAAAUGCACGUGUAAUUAUAUGGGAUAUUAAUAAUGAGGCUAUUAAAACCACCAUUGAUCUAUUGGCACAAAAUGGUCUACAUAACUGUAAAGGUUAUGUUGUUGAUAUUUCGGAUCGCGACGAAGUCUAUCAGAAGGCAGCCCAAGUUGUUAGUGAUGUUGGGCAUGUAGAUAUUUUGGUUAAUAACGCUGGCAUAGUGUGUUGUAAACCAUUCUGGGAUUUACCGGAACGAGUUAUACAAAACACGUACAACAUUAACGUAAUAUCUCACUAUUGGACAGUUAAAGCAUUCCUGCCGCAUAUGAUGCAGAGUAACAGUGGCCAUAUUGUUACAGUCGGUUCGGUAACGGGCAUGCUUGGAACCUAUGGUUGUUCCGAUUAUAGUGCUACCAAAUACGCCUGCAUUGGUUUCCACGAAAGUCUCUACACAGAUCUUAGAACUCAUGGCUAUGAUAAUAUUGGAAUGACAUUGAUUUGUCCGUAUUACAUAAACACUGGUAUGUUCUCUGGCGUAAAGCCACGUAUGAUUCCGAUGUUGGAACCACAAUAUGUGGCAGAUAAAAUUGUAGCAGCUAUGCGUAAAAACGAAGUGUGGUGUGUAUUACCGAAUUCGAUACGGAUGUUAACUCCAUUAAAAUGCUUACUACCGGCUAAAAUGUGCUGGGAAUUGAUGUCUCGUGUGGUUCGUGGUCCAGAAUCAAUGAUGAUGUUCAAAGGCCGUGGUCGUGUCGCAGCCGGUUAA